UACCCUGCCCCCAUCCAACCGCUGGCCUCGAUGUGUUACUUGUGCUGUAUGUUUACUACAGUAUUAGUAAUAAGAGAACGCCAGUCUCUUGAAAACUGUGAACUCAGUCAGAAAAAAAUUGCCUGUUAGUUUCUAUCGAGACAGAAUCCCCCGAGGUCCAACAUGCCGAAGAGAAAGGGAACAGAUGAAGAGGUCAAAGAGGAGCCCCAGAGAAGAUCUGCAAGGCUAUCAGCGAAACCAGCUCCCAAACCAGAACCAAAGCCAAAGAAGCUAGUGAAGAAAGCUAAAGAGGUAAACAGCAAGACGGAAGAGAAGAAGAAGGCGAAAGCAGAGGAGCCCAAGGAGAAGAAGAAGGCGAAAGCAGAGGAGCCCAAGGAGAAGAAGAAGGCUGAGAAUGGAGACACCAAGACGAACGAAGUCGAAGCUCCGAAGGAACCAGAGAAAGAUGACACAGCAGCCGAGUAGCUUCGCCCUGCCUCGCUCUGCCCCGCCCUGCCUCGCUCUGCCCCACCCUGCCUCGCUCUGCCCGCCCUGCCUCUCUCUGCCCUGCCUCGCUCUGCCCUGCCUCGCUCCGCCCCGCCAACCACACAGCCCCCAACUCUCACGUGGUUGCCCCGAAACAUCAAUUACCUUAUUGACAGAGGAAUAUUUUUAUCAAGAAUUUUGUAAUUAUUGGUACAGGUUUUUAGCACAAAAGCAAAAAAGCUAAAUUUGGAGGGUUUGUCUUUGUUAGGACGUAGUCACGUCGCUUUUAAGCAACAAUGAGUUUCUGUUUUGUGUUUUAUUUGUGAUAUGUUGGACACAGAAAGGAAAAUCAACAACUGGCAAACUAAUUGCAACUGGUGCAGUUUAUAUCACAUUGAGUUUACCAACUCAUAACAUUUGACUUUAGUAAGUUGUAUUUUUACCCUUAAUGUGCAUUGUUAUUCUUUAUUUGGGGGGUUGCUUUCUUUUAAAGUUGAUUAUCUGUAAAAAAUAGGAUUUAAAAACCAUUUCUGACAACAUUCCAGGCAUAAUAAAAGCAUGGAAUCACCAGCUUCAUAAUUUUAUUGGCUUUAAAUUAAUUUCACAAAGAAGAAACCUUUUCAUGUAUACAGGAUGUUUUUGAAAAAAAAUAGUUAAAAACAUUUUUAACAGACAAUUCUGAUGACAAAUGUGAAGCUACCCACUGAAGUACUGGAUGUCUAAUUGGAAAUAAAUGCAGUUAUUGGAUUUUUCCUCA